AUGCUUGUCCGGCGGCCGCCGCCCUUCGGCGUCACUCUCGGCAUCGUGCCACGGUGCUUUCCACGUUCAGUGCCAGUCACGAUGACGACAAUACCACUUGUCAAAACAACACCCACCCAAAAUGUUGUUGCAAUCUAUCAUGGGGCGGGCCCGUCACAGUCACGAUGGCAAUUACAGCAUUUUCGUCCUAUGUCUAGUGGACCGCUACCUCAGGCUCAAAAUACGCCAGCAGUCGCAGAAGCCGCCCGGACUCGGGGUGGGAAGGGGAAUUCUUCUUGGCGGAUGAUGCAGAUUGUUCAUGUCAGAUUGGCUUCAACUUCAACUCGGUCGUCAUCGGAGGUGGUGCAAAAUAAAAAGGGGGGGAAUCAAGCGCAAGCGCGGGCUCAGGGUCAGGUUCAGGCACAGGGUCAAACUCAGCUACGACCGACUGCUGCGAAUGGGGUCCCGCAGCUUAAGGCGCCAAAUCUCGAAUAUCCCGAGCGUUUGCUUAUUUACAAUGCCGGCAAGGGGAAAAUCAUUUUCAUCGCCCUCCUCAAACUCACCACGGUACUGAUCUUCUCCGCCUUCGGCCUCUUCGUUGCUCCGGCUUACAUUGUCAACGGGUCUCCACUCGCCGGCGUUGCUAGUUUGUUUCCCCCAUCCAUCCCUCCCAUUCUUCACGAACAAACUUCUGACUACUUCCCAGUCUUCACCUGCGGUCUAACCCCCUUCCUCUUCCUCGCCCACUCCUCCCGCCCCUUCGUCGCUCAAAUCCACCUUACCAAGCUGCCCCCAUACGCCCGCCUAUCCUCAGACGUCCUCCUCCGCUUCGCGCGCUCUCUGCCCCCACAGUCUGCUUCCCGUCUCGAAUUUGUCACCAUGUCACUGAUCGGCAAGCCCCGCGUGAGCAGCGUAGCCAUAUCGGAUAUACGACCUGUUCCUUCCUCCCAGAAGGGAUUGUUCAAGAAGGUGAAUUUCGUCCGGGUUGAUCAACCCCCUGCUAGCUCUACAAUAACAGAAGCAAAGGGCAAGAGCAGCAGCAAGCCAUUGACGUCCGCACAAUGGAAAAUCCAACAGCAACAACUAAAAGACGGAAAACAGCAUGGAUGGAGGCAAAAGAUUCUCUCCUGGACUCGGUUCAAGACGGUCAAAGAGUUUUAUGUUACUGAUGUUCCCCAAAAGACGGCGGAGAAGAGAGGGGUGAAGGAGGCGAGGGUUUGGGAGGAGAUUCGGGGUUUGAUUGAGAAAAGAGCGAUUAGGGAGGCGGAGAGAAGGAAGGGGGGUAGGUGA